GCUGUCUGUCUUGUCAGAGACUGUUGUAUUAUUCGCCACUGGGAUAAGCGCUCGGAUACUCGGGUUCUACUAUUCAUUUUUAUUUUAACGUUUAAGUUUGUAUGUUGUUGUAAAAUUCAUGAAGUCAGGACUCAACGCAUGAAGGGGGUGAUGAUGAAUAUGGAGACUCUGAGCAGGCCGGAGCUCCUGAAGCUCCUCAGCAUCCUGGAGGGAGAACUGGAGGCACAGGACACAGUCAUACACACCCUCAGGGCCCAGCACAGGGACUCGUUCGUCCAGGAGCGCUACGGCCAGUAUGAUCUCAGUGACCCCUUCCUGGCCCUGCAGCGGGAUAGCCAGACCAUGGAUGACUGGUCCCCUUCAGACCCCCAGGGCAGCAUGGUGGGGCCCAACCCUCUGGCUGUGCUGAAGCUGGUCAUGGCCCACUGCAAAAGGAUGCAGGAGAGGAUGAUGGGACAGCUGUCAGCCGCAGAAAGCAGACACAGGAGGGUGAUUGCAGAUCUGGAGGAGGAGAAGCACCGACACGCACUAGAGUCGGCGCAGGAUGAGGAUGUCACCAUCAUGCUGGAGAAGGAGCGGGAGAAACUUCUGCAGCAGUUGGAGGUGGAGCGUGCAGCAGUGCGUAGGCUGCAGAGGGAGCAGGAGAGGGCAGUAGGCCUGGCAGAGGAAACUCUGUCCCAGCAGCAGCAGUUGUCCUCGGACCUAACCCUGGAGCUCCAGAGAACCACCAGCCAGGCCCUGGAGGAGGCCCAGAGAGUCAGCCAGCUCCGCCUGCAAAUCCAGGAGGAGAGCUGUACCUCAGAGAGCCUGAGGGGGGCCCUGGAAGCGGAGAAGGGCAGAGCAGCGCAGCUUGAGGCCAGAGCAGAGAGCCAGCUGGCUGAGUUUGACACAGAGAGGGAACAGUUAAGAGCCAGGAUCAGACGAGAAGAGGAGAGGAGCAAGGGGCUGGAGAGAGAAGUGGAGGAGCUGAGGAGGAGGUUGGAGGCAGCAGGAGAGGAAGGAAUGGUUAGGAAGGCACAGGAGACUGUGGUGAAGGAGGUGAAGGAGGUGAAACAGUCUCCUUCAAAGAUAGUGUCAGCGGCGGUGUCAGCGGCGGCAGUGUCCACCUCGAGCCAGACAGAGCCUGAUGGGAAGGCAAGCGUCGACCCUAAAGUGACCCCUGUCUCAAAGGUCAACGGGCAUCACCCUAACCCUCAGCGGGACACUAACCCCCCUCAGGAGGGCGGUGCUGUGGAGAACGGUGGGGUAGAGAACGAGUCAGGAGCAAGUGUUCACUCCCCUCUCCACCCUCACCCUCCUCACCCCCACUGCCACCUCACCCCAACCUCCCCCUCCAGCACGGCCUCCUCCUCCCUCUCCUCCUCCCCCAUCUCCUCCCCCACGCUGGCUAAGCGUCUGGUCAGCCCCGGUGGCUUCCACACGUCCUCCUACCAGGCUGGAGUCAACCAGCGCUUCCACGCCGCCAGGCAUAAGUUCCAGGUGCAGGCUGAGCAGGAGCAGCUCCAGCAGGGUAGCACGGCUCCCCUCUCCCCACGGGACCUGUCCCCUACCACCACCCCCAUCCCUCCACCCUCAGAGAACAGCACGGCCAAGCAGCUAGCCCGAAACACCGUCACCCAGGUCCUGUCCCGUUUCACCAGCCAGCAGGCAGGGGCCAAGCUUCCCCCACUGAACAGCUCUCCGUUUGGGACUGACUACCGGAGCCUGGCAGCCUCCCCUCCUGGGGGGAAAACCUCGCCUGGAGGACCCCUGUCCCCAGGUAUACGCUCGCCCCUCACCCCUCGGUCCGAGAGGUGCUACCCGCCCCCCGUUCCUAAGAAACCGGGUAUGAGCCCCUCUCCAGGCUCCCCCGACCCCCAAGCCGGGGCCAGCCUCUUCCCAGAGCUGACGGGGGGCUGUGGGCUAAGCAGCAGUGGGCAGGAGGGGGCUAAGGAGCCAGACCUGGUACUCUCCUCCGGUAGCUAACAGUUAAGGGCCAUGGCAGCUAGAAACUGAUCUAGGAUCAGCAUAGCCUUCCCAAAUCCUUCCCAUCUUUAACCAUUAGGGAGAAAACACAAAACUGACCAAGGAUCAGUAUCUGUGAUCAGCUUUGUCUUAUUCCCCAAGGAGCCAGUGCUCUCCUCCAGCAGCUAGCAGCGUAUGGCCUCCCUCAUUCCAGAUACACUAGUUUCUCUCUCCCAUUUGCACUUGCUCACUCACCUUUAGGCCCGAGAUUAAAUCCGAGCACUCUAGUCAACAAUGCAGCUUUUAAAGGCAAUGUUGCUGGGUUCGAAUAGAUUGCAUUCAAGGUAAACGCUGCUGAUGUCGGCUCAAUCGGAAAUUACCUCAGAGACGGUAAAGAAAGCAAGACAUCUCACAGGAUAAUUUUUUCUGGUCGGGCGGGUGGGGCGAGCGAGGGGAUAAGUAGACCAGAGCCAGCUGUUAUUGGUUAGUUUUGCAUUGAAAAAAAAUUGUCAAGGUUUCUGUCUGUGUAAGUGGGUGUUUCCUCUCUCACGUGACCAUCUUUGAGCAUGCUUUCCCGUGUGAGCUUAUGUGGGAAAGCAUGCUCACACCAGAGAGGGAACGCCUACUUAAACAGACAGGAACUUUUUUUUAAAUGUCAAUGGUAAACGGCCUUUUUAAGACAUUUUCAUUAUACACUAUCUUUGAUUACCUUUAAAUGUCAAGCGCUUUAAUGUGGGUCCACCGCGGUCUGGAUUGGAUCCUGGCCUUAAUCUCCUGGAUGUCCUGCAGCAGGCAGAAACUGCUCUGCAACUGUCUACCAACCACUACUUAUACCAACUCUGUAGGCCCUAUUUUGACCACAUAAAUUAGCCGCUUGGUAUCAAAUGAAAGCUCAAACACUACUUAGCAAACUGUCUGAAACACUGUCUAGUUAAGAUUAAAUCUAUAAUAUACUGGG